AUGUUGCGAACCCUGUCUCAGUUUCCUGAGGUCCUUAUAAUGGACAGCACAUAUAAGGUGAAUAAAAAUAACUAUCCGUUAUUAAAUAUCCUUGUAAUUGAUGGCAAUGGGCAAGGCAGGCCGGUCUUUCAUGCGCUUCUGGCAUCUGAAGACACCCUCAUUCUCUCUUCUUGUCUGUCCUUUUUUGUCUCCUCGUUUUCUUUUGACUUGACGAAGACUGUAUUUGUUGACAAGGACAUGGCAGAAAUGUGUGCCAUUCGCACAUGUCUUCCACAUGUGUCUAUUAGACUCUGUGCUUUUCACACAGCCACAGCUGUCAAAAAAGCUCUCCAGCAGAGAAAGCUGCCCGUUCCUCAAAUUUCUUGUAUACUUGAUCUGUUUGCAGAACAAAAAUCCUGCAUUGCUUUGUCUCAGUACAAUGUGCUAAAGGAUAAAAUAUCUGACAUUGCAUCUCCAGAAGUUGUUUCAUACUUUCAAUCCAACUGGUGGAACUGUCCCCAACUUUGGGCUGCUUGUUUUGUAGAUUCCCCAACCUUUCAUGUCAAUACCACCAAUCAUGCUGAGACAUUUCAUCAAAAAAUAAAGCAAGUCCUAACUUCUAAAUCACCCCUCAGUGUUUGUAUAAACGAACUACUCAGAAUGACAAAGAGCACAAUGCAAGCUAGAGAUGCCUCAGCUUGCAUACAUUCUAUUUCUUUAAAGUACAACACUAAAUAUAAUUCUGAUGUUGUUAACACAAUUCAGAAUGACCUUACUCCUUUUGGCGCAAAAAUUGUCAUAGAACAAUUUCUUCUCUAUCAGAAAACUCACUAUCUUUUUCAAAAUUCUCUAACUUCUCCUAACACAUACAUUUUGUCAUCAUCAACACCUGGCUCUUCUUCGUACGACUGCACUAUUGAUUCCUGUUCUUGUGAUUUCUUCUUUAAAUUCCAUUUACCUUGUCGACACAUAUUUGCUCUACGGUCUAAUCUUUGUCUGCCACUCUAUCAUUGCAAUAAUGAACGCUUUAAAAGCACUCCUGUCAAUCCAGUUCUUCAUGUCUCUAAUGAUCACAGUAUCACACAUGAAAUCAUUCCAACGAGAAAUGCCAGCACUCCUGAGUCCCGUUACCAUCUUACUAGAGAAAUAACUAAGGACAUUGAAUCUUUCUUUCCUUUAUUGGGGGAGCAUGCCUUUCAAAUUGCAUUAUCUCAUCUCAACAGAGUUUUCUCCCUCAUUAAAUCUGACCGUGCUGUAGCUGUAAUUGACCUUUCGGAAUUACCUGAGCCCGCUUCCUCCAUGUCCUCUGAAAGCCUUGGUGCUGCUGUCUUGACCACUUUGUCUCUACCACCUCCUUCUCUGUCCUCUGAAAGCCUCGAUGCUGCUGUAAUGCCCGAUUCGACUCUGCCACCUCCUUCUCUGUCCUCUGAAAGCCUCGAUGCUGCUGUUAUGCCCAAUUUGACUCUGCCACCUCCCUCUCUGUCUUCUGACAGUCUUGGUGUUGCCUCCUUGCCCACUCUGUGUGAAUCUACUUCAUCAGUGUCGUCUGAAAGCCUUGGUGCUGAUUUUGUUAUCGCUGUUUCAUCCCCUGCUGUAUCAUCUUGUGGAUUUUCUAGUGUUAAACUGUCCCAGGUCAAAACAAAAGGUAGACCUAGACAGA